UCCUCGUUGGUGGCUGACAAGAUGGGCUUAGAGAAAGAAGCAAAUGACCUCGGGGAAAAAGUGGUGGGACUCGAGAGGAAAACUUUAAGCCUCAAGGAAGAGAAUAAUAAUCUACAGAAUGACCUCAACAAUCUCGUGCAGGUGAUUACACGUGCAAGACUUACAGGUCAGUGGGAGGCAGACAACCUGACUUUCUCCUGUGUCACACCAGAGCAAGUGUUUGGCCCUGUCUUAUCUUCAUCCAGGAGGUCAUCUCAGUCACUGAAGGAGAGCCAGCAUGACUACAUACAACACAUGCUGGAAGAGCACCUGAGGAAGGACAGCUCCUCCUUGAGAAGCUCACUCUCAAACCUUCAGGAUGGAGAUAGCAGCCUGUAUGGAGGCCGAGGGUCUGAGAAAGAAAUGGUAAUCAUGAAGCUGCGGUCUGACCUGCGGAGCCUGCAGUCAGCCCAAGAUGAAACCAACCAACAGCUUCUUGAGAGAGAUAAACAGAUAGCAGAUUUACAGAUGCAACUGACAGAGCUCCACCAUGAACUUGCAUUGUCUCAGGCUGAAGUAAACAGUGUCAACCACACUCUGCAGGAGGUUCGUCAUCGCAGCAGGCAUGAAACUGUUGAAAUUACUCGGAAGGAAGAAGUCGUCCGUCAGUUGUUAUCAAAGCAGGCCAAAAAGGAUUCGGUCAGAGGUUCUUAUACGUCCCUUUGUGAUCUCGACUCAGUUAUUACAGGAGAUAACAAUGUGGAAUCGCAGCUGAGUGAAAACAUAGAUAUAUUGGCUGGGCGCCUGGCAGAGUUGGAGGAAGAGUGCACCCAGCUGCGAGAGGCACACGCUGCCCUGAAGGACACGCAUGCCCUCUGUGCCCCAACCAUUUCCAUGCUUCAAGAUCAGCUCGCCAGGUCACAUCAGAACCAAGUGGAGCUGCGCACAGUACUAACAGCCGAAGUGGCUGAGAGACACGACCAGCUGGUGGCCCUUAGAGACAAGCUGAAAGAGGAAGAGCAGAGGCACCAUGAGACAAAGAUGCAGCUGCAACUCAAGACUGAGGUGGUCAAAGACCUGCGGAAGGAAGUACGAGAGUGUAAGGAGAGGCCUUUACCUAAUAUUGGAAAGAGUGAUAUAAUUCAUCUGGAAGCUGCUGUACAAACUCCAGCUAAGGAAAUAAAAGCUGCUGAGACACAGACAGCAGAGGAGGUGAAUCAUAUGGAUAAGGGCACAAGAGAGGGACCUUCAGUAAAUGGUUUCUGUUCACAAUCGUCCCAAGUGUCAAAACUGGAAAACGAGCUGGCAGAGAAAAGUGUCCUCCUACGUGAGCUUCAAAGUCACCUGGCAGCGUCGCGUCAGGAGCUCCACCUCAAGGAUGAGACGCUCUCGAAGCUGGAAAAGAAGUUGGAUUCUGUGCGUAGAGAAGGCGGGCAUAACGGAGAGAGGAUGCAGUAUCUCACAGGUCAGCUGACAAGUCUCCAGUUGGAAGUUGGGAGGACUCAUGGCCAGGCGGAACACCUUCGCAGACAGGUGGAGAAGAAAUCAGAGCUAAUUCAGAAGAUGGAGGCAGAGAACACAUCACUUUCCCAGCAACUGAAUGACAAAUCUCUAACAUUAGAACGGUUCCAGUCGGAGGUUCUUAAAAUGUCUACUGACCUUGAGAAGAAGAAGAAGGAGAUUGGAGAGCAGCGUCUGACCAUCAGCUCACUUCAGGAGGCACUAGUGACCAGCAAGAGGACUUGUGAUGACUUGCGUUCCCGGUUGGACAAUGAUGUGUCAGUGCGCGACGGCGAAGCAGACAGACUCCAGAGGGAUCUGAAGGAGGCGCAGACUCUCCACCACCACACCUUCACGCAGCUGGUCGAGGCAGGUGCCCGGGCUGAAGUCCUGCAGGAGGAAAACCGAGUCCUCAGUCGCCGAGUGACGUCGCUGCUGGAGGAAGUUGACGCGUGGCGAGGCAGAGCCGAGGAAGGCUCGAAAGACCUCAACCAGGCACAGAAAGAGUGCGAGCGCGUGAAGGGAGAGCGUGAUCAGCUUCAGCGCCAGCUACAGGAAGGCGAUAGACGCCGCCAGGAACUCCUCAGUUCUCUCCAGUUGCUUCAGGGUCAGGUGCAGACGCUGGAGGAGGAGGUCACGGUGGCGACGGAGAGCAGGACGGAGGCGGAGCGGCGAGCGUCGGAAACCCAGCGUGACAACCUCGCUCUCCACGAUAGACUGGCGGCGCAGGAGACAAGCGGCAGCGUGGAGAGACUGGGCCGCCAGCUGGAGGACACGGUGGCGGCCCUCACCAGCGCCCGUCAGGAGGCAGCGGCGAGGGCGGAGCAGGUCAGGAGGAGCCGACAGGAGGUGGAACAGCUGAACGAGACCCUUAGCUACGAGAAACAGCUGAACGCGUCUUUGCAUGAUCAGGUGGAGGGGCUGGUGAAGGAGGCAGGCGCCCUUGACGUGAAGGUGGCCGAUCACCAGCAGGAUAUCAGGAGAUUGAACCGGGAGCUGCACCAGAAGGAAAGACAGAUGGCGUCGCUGCAGACCCAGUUGGACGGCGCGAGGAGCCAGCUCGCGUCGAUGGAAGAACUGCUCGAGAAGAAGGCCGGGGAAAAUCAGCUUCUGCAGGAGACUCGCGCACAACUCAAUGCGGCCAGGAGGGAGGCUGCCAGAGCGGAAGAGCUGGCCUCGAGCAGCAAGAAGGAACUCCAGGACGCCAGGGAGAAGAUCUCGCGGUUGGAACGGCACGCGAGGGAGACGGAGGAGGACCGCGAGAAGGAGGUGGCGGCGCUGGCGGAGCGUCUGACGUCAGCGCACGAGGACAGCGUGAGGCGCCUCGAGGACACUUUGCUCACGUACACGCGCGUGCAGGCUCAUGACGAACUGCAGGUGGAGAGUCUGGAGGAGGCGCUGGCGGAGGUGGGAGGGCGCCUGGGGCAGUGUGAGGUGCAGCUGCGGGAGAGCGAGCGAGAGAGGGACGGCCUGGCGAGGUCCCUGCAGCACGAGAUCACGAGGCGGGAGACGGAGGGGCAGGAGCACCACGCGCAGGUGGCUCGCCUCACGCAGGAGACCGCGCUUCUGAGGGCGCGCCUCGAGAGCGUAAAGGAAGAGACCCUGACGUGGCAGAGGCAGUGCGAGGACCUGGAGGAACGUCAGGGCCUGGCCACGGACCCCUUAGCCGCCAGGGACCAACUUGCAUCCACCCUCCACCAGAUGGACAACCUCCGGGCAGCCCUGAGCGCGGCGAGGGCGGAGGCGAGGGCGGCGGAGGAGGAGAAGAGCCUGGCGCACGAACAGGUGCUCAGUCUCAUCCGGGAGUGUAACCGCCUCGAGGAAAAGAUCGAGGGGAUGACCAAACAGAAGAUCAGACUGGAGGAGGAACAGUCAAGCCUCAAGAAGGAGCUGGAGAUCUCAAGGAGCACCCCCGUCCCGACGAAGGACCUUGAGAAGGAGAGGGAGGAGAGUCUUCUGAAGGAGGAGAUCGCAAUGCUGAAGGAGCAGCUGGAAGCGACGAAGAAGCAGCUGAAAGAAGCGACUGAGGCAGACGGGAGCAUCCAGCUGGUUCAGAUGGAGAGCCAGCUGGGCGAACAGCAACUACGGGCGGAGUUGGCCACGGCGAGGCGAGACGUCGGGGAACUACGGCGCCUUCUGCUGGAGCGGGAGAGCGAGGCGAGACUCAACAUGCUCAAGGUCACCACGCUCCAGAGGACGCUGCAGGACCGACAGCAUGAGGUAUCUGGUCUUGAGGAGAAGCUGCAGGAGGCACACGCUGACGCCCACAAGUACGAGGUGGAGGCGGAGGAAAUGCGGGCGCGGGCGGCGUCGCUGACCACCCAAAUCGCCCACGCCCACGCGCCGGGCCGAGACGCCGCCCACGCACGCCCUCAGGCGCAGGAAGUUGAGGCCCUCGAGGAUGAAGUAUCGAGGCUGAAGGGAGAGCUGGCGGCCAAGGUAGAGGAACUGAAACAGGCUGGAGAGAGAGCAGAGAGGGAGGAAGCCAAGAUGAAGGACUUGCAACAGGACGUCUGCAGGCUUACUCGGGCCCGGGAUGAUGCACUGAGGAAGAUGGUGUCGCUGGAGGCCUCCCUGGGCGAGAGCGAGGCGGUGGUGGAGGCGGCGCGCGUGGUGGAGCGCGUGUGGGGGUCGCAGCUGCAGGCCAUCGAGGAGGAGGUGUCGCGUCUGGCCUGCGAGAACGACCAGCUGAAGGAGUGCAACGCCGACCUACACCGCCAGUCUUCGGAGGCGCAGCAGGAGGGCGAGCAGCUGAGGGCGUCGCUGAGGUCGAGGGAGAGCCAGCUGCAGGAGCUGCAGCAGGCGAGGGAUCUGCUGGCGAAUGACGCGCAGGUGGUGGUGGCGGCGGUGAAGCAGUGGUUGCACGAACAGAAGACGACCAACCUCAAAAUGGCGGGGAAACUCCACCAGACCAACAAGCAGGUGCUUCUGCUCAACACCGAGAAGCAGUUCUUGGCCGAGAGGAACACUUCCCUCCAGAGGCUCAAUCACGACCUCACGCUCCAGCUGCACGACCUCCGCGCCCGCCUCGGCCUCACGCUCGCUCCCUCGCCCUCCGAGAGACCAGGUAAGGUGGGCGGUGUGCUCUUGGGCGGCCUGAGUUCCCCGCGAGUGAUCUCUCCCGUUGUGGGCGUGACGUCACCCCGGCUUCCUUCGGCCACGCCCUCCCUCGACAGCGUUCUGGGAUUUGGCAACCACGCGGACUGCAAGCCUGAGGAUGGCCUGAGUACGUGCUCCUCCGGCAGUAGCAGCAGCAGCGGGUGCCAAGUGCCCGGCCCAGACCUGCCCGGCUCCUUCCACCUCGAUCGACUGGCAUCUCUAGCCGACUCUCUCCUUGUUACGUCUAGGAACAUCAGCAGGUCAUCGGGAUUCGAGUCCGGGUCAGGUCACGGCAAGGUCACCUCCGCCACGUCUCUUACCGACCUCGUGACCCUAGCGAGUCCAAGCCACACAAGGUCGAGCCUCCACCACGGCAAGAAGUUCUCGUGCUCCACAGGGAAUCUCUCGAGCCUCUGCCCCGGGCCCACUUCGCCCACCUCGAAGUACGCGCCCUACAGAGUGAGCGACAUCAGCUCCCUCCUGGCUUCCCCGGGGCCCAAGGCCAAGAUGGCGGGGCGCGGCGCGGAGGUCAUCCUCGGGACGCCGGUCCGAGAGAGAAGGUCCUCGCACCAAAUGUUCCUCACGGACAGCAUCGAGGAGACCGAAGAGGAGACCUACUCGGUCCAGGACCUCGACGUGUCGGCCCUCGCCAAGGAAUCCAGUUCGACGCCCUCCUGCAGAGCCCCUGAGCCUCCGAGUGGGUCCCAGGCCACACAGACCUCCAUCCACGUCUCCGCCUGCACCCAGACCGGCAGCGAGUCCACGCAGGUCUUCCCGGGGGCGGCGACGAUGGGCCAGGGGGAGUCCUCGGUGUGAAGAGGGCGGUCGGGGGGUUUGAGGGAAAAGUUGAAUUCUGUCUUGGCAAAGACAGAGUUCUGGCUGUGAGAAACACACACACACACACACACACACACACACACACACACACACACACACACACACACACACACACACACACACACACAUACCUCUACACCUACACAACGCCAAGACUGUACGAUAUAUAAUAUGAAAUGAAUGCGGAAGAAUGCACUGUAUUGCAGAUAACCCGAAAUGCAAAGUUGUGAAGCAAUGACGGAGUUCUGAAUUCGACACUGCUCUGUGAAAUGACAGACGAUGAGGUUGAAGCCGAGACUGAGGCAAGGUCGGCCAUGGUCGACGAGCCACGGGGCUGUUUAGUACUUAACCGUCUAGAGCGAUUGUCAGCUGUUUCUCAAAGUAGCGAGGUAUCACAUACGCACCUUUACACGCAGAUACUCGGAUCCAGAUUCUCUUUCUCUGUCUGUGUCUGUCUCAGGCUCAGUCUCUCUCUCUCUCUCUCUCUCUCUCUCUCUCUCUCUCUCUCUCUCUCUCUCUC